AUGGACAUGGAAGGUGGGGUUGAGAUGAGGAUCCAGCUUGAAAAUCUGGAUGAGAUGACGCUGGUGGAUGAGACAACACUGUUGGUUGAUAUUGAGAGGGCUGAAAUGAAAGUGGUUGUGGUGGUUGAUGCUGGGAGGAAGACAGUAGUUGGUACUGGAAGGAAAAAGGUGGUUGAAGCGAAGGUGGCGGCGGUUGAUGCUGAGAGGAAGGCAGUGGUUGAAUUGAAAGGGGUGGUGGUUGAUGCUGAGGGGGUGGUGGAAAAUGGGUUCCAAGGGUUCUGGCUUGUAAAAAUCCAGAUGCUCAUCAUCAAGCUCAUAAUCUUUGUAGCCAAUUUGAGGGUCAUAGAAAUUAAUGGGGUUGGACGUUGCCGGUGGCACAAACAUCUGAGAGCUGGAUGGGGCAGCUGGAGUCCAUUGGACGAUUACAAGAUCACUCAGGAUUUCAGUACCACGGCACUUCAGUUCCUCUGUGAGAACAUGAACAGAAGUCAGAUCGAUCAUUUUCUGAAGCUCAAAUGGGUUCAGGAUGGCAAUCCCUCCUUCUCCUCAGUGCAUACUCUGUUUUCCUGGAUCGAAUCAUUGCCUAGCGGCUCCCGGUGGCAAUUGCAAGAAAUAAAAGUUGAAGGAUACAAAACUGCCAAGCCAAUGAUCCUUCUUUGGAGGGACAGCUUAGAAGUUGCAUGGCACUUAUUUGCAAACCCGGUGUUCGCCAACCACAUUGAUUUGGAUCCCAAAAACGUGUUUGUAGAUUAUAAUAAGGUGGAGAAGGAGUACAGUGAAUUUAUGACGGCAGAGUAUGCCUGGGAAUGCCAGGCUGAACUCCCGUUUGGAGCAACUUUACUUGGGAUGAUUGGGGCUUCUGAUAAGACUGUGGUUACAAGAGGGACUGGGGGGCUUGAAAUGCACCCCAUAUUUUUAACGCUGGCAAAUAUCCACUCGGAAUAUGCGCUCGCUACGGCCCAUAAAUUCACGAACUCAUUUGGGAAGGGACGGCUAGCUUACAUCCCACUCGUUGCGUGGAUUGCAGACCUCCCCAAGCAACAGUGA